AUGAACCGUUCCGUAACUAUCUAUGACGAUCUUCUUCUUGAGGCUCCGCCCGAGACGGAAAGGGCGCAAGCGGUUAUCGACAAAUACAAGUCUGCAUAAUCAUUGGAAUCCUACAAAAAAAAAACUUCAAGCUCUCAAUUCAUUUUCAAGAUUUCGGAUAUCCAGGCGGCAAUAUUUCGCGCGAAAAACCAAGAAAAACGAGGCCCUUUUGCACAGGUUGCUUAGAAGCAUUACAGAUACACGAAUGAAUUUUAGCCAGCCGUUUGAAUCUCAUCGUGGAGGUUACAGAAUGAUUGUUAUCGUGGCUCCUUUCGGCGAUGGAUUAGGUAAAGCCAAAAUUCUGAACUUUCCGAUAAUCUCGGUGUUGUAGCCUUGCGCGAAAGCUUGUCUGUGUUCGUGAGCCUAAUUAAAGGAGAAAACGACCCGAUUUUGGACUGGCCCUUCCUUUGUCCAGUAACUUUCAGCGUAAUGUCAGAGAACUCUAAAAAAAGAGGUACCAAAAAAAACUGAUGUUUAAAAUGCUUAAUUGCAAUUUUUCAAGUUUCUCGAACAUUUUUCCCCUAUGAUACAACUGAGAAUGAAGCGUUUUUGGGGCAACCUAAAGGACAGAGAAACGCAGCAUUUGGAUUCCAAGUGAGUUUUUGGACAUCCUAUUUUGAUAAGAAAUUUUUACAGGAUUUUUUCCCUCUCCGUGAAAUCAAGGAGUACUCUAGUUCGGGAGAAUUUUUUAUCUCCGUGUACAUCGAGCUCAGCUCCAAACAUCUAUUUCGAGGAAAAAACGUUAGUAGAUUUUCGAUCACGAAAGUUUGAAAGCCAAACGUUACUGAUUUUCCAGGUCAGCUCUUCUCGAUGUCAAGGACCAACUAUUGACAAAACGUCUCCAGCGAGUGUACAUGAGAGUUUCUCUUCUUCUACCAUUGACGAAGAAAACUCAGUUAAUUUGUGAAACUACUUACUGAUAAAUGCUUGCGUUGAUCGAAUACAUGAGAACCACAAUCAAAAAAAUAACUCUCACCAGUUGUUUAAAACAGUAGAAACUUAUAGAGACAAUUAAAUAUUUUGGUUUUCAACAAAUCAGUUUUGCUUUAAAAAACUUGAAAACUUGCUUUUUUCUAAAAAUAAAUAGUGAAAUUGUCGAAAAAACAAAGGAAAACAAAAUAAAGCCAGAGAAAGUUUUUUGAGCAUAAAGGGUAAUUGAGAAAUUAAAUUUUUUUCUCAAAAAAAUCUGUUUUUUUCGUCAUAAAAUAUCUGAAAAUUUGCUUUUUGGAAAAAAAUGUUAAGUCGAACUGUCAAUUAAACAAUGAAACCACAAAAAAAGGUCUAAGAAAAAGCUGAAGUAGAAAUUUUAGGCAAUUUGCGAAAAUUAGAAAUAUUUUGAAGAAGAAACUUCGCGAAAUCAGAACUAAAAAGAAGAAACCAUGUCUAUUGAAAAAAAUGUUUUUUUAUCCGUUAUUUACAACGAUGGAGGAAAUAUGGAGAAAAAGUUUCAAAAAGCAACUAAACAGAACAACAAAAAGAAAAGUUAAUUAAAAAAAUUAAAAAAAUACUCUCGGACCUUGGUAACGGGUCGGGGAAUUUUUAGUGAACCCUUUAGCAGCUACAGCGUUCUUAAGUGGCCCCUAGAGCUCGAGCUCUCUCAAGUGAUUUCACGCCAGUUUUUCUCUUCGCGUCAACUUUUUUUUUUAAUCGCCGUAUUUGGUGGUUUCUUGUUCCUGCUAGGACAUUUGUUGCGAGUUGUAUUAAAAUAAUUAUGAAUUUCCACAGUCCUGAACAUUUUUUUUUUAAUAUUAUGGAUGAAUGAAAAUAUAUAAAAAAAAGAAGUUUUUUUUUCCUGUGUGAGUGUUGUUGUUUAUUCUGAAAUAUUCAAGUCGUUUGAUCGUUAUGGUAAGCUUACGAUCGUUCUCGUAAUUUUGUUUUGUUGAGCCAUCAUGAUAAGUUUUGAUUUUUAUCUGAAGAAGAUUUUUUCUUGUGUAAAUACCCAAAUUUCUAAAAAAAUUUUUCUAGUAAUGAUAUUGACAGAAAAUUCAAAUAAAAAUUUCAUAUUCUAAUUUCGCAGCUAAAAUUUUACAGAGGUAAAUAUUUUUCAAAAUUUCCUUGAUUUCGGUCGCUCGGAGAGUGAUCUUUUUUCUCGCAAUAAACGGCACUACGCCGGGGUUAUCGCGAAAAAUCGUGUUUAUAUGUGAGACGGCAGUGUUAGAGAACGAUACGUCGCGAUACCUCCUAACCCACGCUGUUUUCCACUUAGUUGUCUUUAAAUAGUGAAUUGAGCGCAAGUUGAUCGAUUAUUUCUGGAUAUUUGCGAAAGCUGAUUGGUUGAAAUGCUUCUCAGUAAGUCAUUUGUGUUGAAUGUUUAAGUUGUUGUUAUUUUUUAAACAUAUUACUGCGGAGUUUUCUUUACAGAUUGCUCCAAUGAACAAGUGCGGGUACCAAAUGUUAUUGCAUUGGUUGGAUUGCCAGCUCGAGGAAAAACCUACAUUUCUCAUAAACUAUGUAGAUAUCUAAAUUGGAUUGGAAUAAAAAAACGAGAGGUGAGAAAGGCGUAUUUUUCAUUCAAUUUCAAAAUUUUUUUCGCUUUUUAAUGAUUUUAAUUCGUGUGUACCAUUGAAAGGAAUUGAAUUGUUUUCUUCAAUCACCAAAAAUUUUUGCGUGAACUUUAAAUUUUGGUACUCAGCAGCCACACAAAAAUCAGUCAUUCGUUCAAUUUUUUCUUACAGCUUUCAAUGUUGGAGAAUAUCGUCGAAAAGCUUGCAAUCUUGAGCAAGAAGGAGAAUUCGAAUUUUUCAGUCCCAAAAACGUGCGAGGGCAGAAAAUUAGAGAGUAAUUCUAUUCAGUGAUUUUCGAAACCUUAUCAUUAUUUUCUCAGUGAGUGCGCACGCUUGGCAAUCGAAGAUAUGGGAAGAUAUUUGGAUAGUAAAGAAGGAGAGGUGGCGGUAAGUGAGUAAUCAGCCCUGCACUUCAUUUGGAAUAUUCUCAACAGAUUCUGGAUGCUACCAACACCACGAGAGAACGUCGACGGCUUCUUGUUGAUUACUGCAGGAAAAUGACACACCAACCUCCUUUCCGAGUCUUUUUCGUUGAGAGCAUCUGUGACGAUCCUGUUAUUAUCAAUUCGAAUAUCACUGUGAGUUUUCGAGGAUUUUUGAAGGAUUUAUGAGUUGCAGACGAGUUUUAUCUUUUUUUUUUAGGAAGUGAAAAUAAACUCACCGGACUACAAAGGACACAUGAGUGAAGAGCAGGCCAAAGAAGACUUUCUAAAACGCAUUGAGAACUACCGAAUGCAGUACGAGCCCUUAGACGAGGAUCUCGAUGAAGAACUCUCAUACAUAAAGGUUUCGAAAACAUUUUAUUGGUUUUUUUUUUCAAAAUCCCUUGCUUUUUUCACGCUAGUGUAACCAGUGCCAUAUAGCGGGGCCUGGAACUUUUGCGAUUAUAAAAUUUCCAAGGUUGAAUAUUUCCUCUAGAUUGAAUUAGUCCAUGUUAGUUUUCAACUAUUUAAACGGUACUGAAUGACCAGAAUUAUCGGCGAUUCUUCAUUAGGAAGAAAAACCAUAUAAUAUAUUACAGAGCGAAUGAGAAAUUAAAAUAAAAUUUUCCAGGUUAUCAACGCUGGAAAGUCUUUUUACGUGCACAAUGUGAACGGACACGUCCAAAGCCGCGUCGUGUACUUUUUGAUGAAUAUCCAUCUGUUGCCGAGGAGCAUCUAUCUCUCGAGAGUAUUCUAAAGUGUUCGAAUCAAAUUAUGGCGUCAAGUUUUAUUAGCACGGAGAAAGUGAAUACAACCGAAUCGGAAGACUUGGAGGGGACAGUCCGUUGAGUGAGAACGGCCUUAAAUAUGCCCAAAAGCUUCGUGAAUAUUUCGAGGUUUGUCUGAAAGAUGUGCUUUUUUGGAAACUUAGUUAAGAAUGAAGACCUGUCGGAUUUGCGGAUAUGGUCUUCGCAGAAGAUCCGCGCCGCUCAAACGGCUUCUCAUCUGAAGGAUCUGGCUGGACACACCGAGUUUUGGAAGUGUCUCGAUGAAAUAGACGCCGUUAGAGUUUUGUCAUCGUCUAUAAAUAAUCGCUACGAGUUGCAGGGUAUUUGCGAAGGUCUGACGUACGAAGAUUUCGAAGCGCGGUACCCGAAGCAGUUCGCCGAGAGAGACAAAGACAAGUACCACUAUCGAUAUCCCAGUGGAGAGGUAACCUUCAGAAUCUUACUGCAAUUUUAUUUGUGUGUAGAGUUACGAAGACUUGGUGGCGAGGUUGGAACCAGUCAUAAUGGAAUUGGAGCGACAGUCGAACGUCCUUGUCGUUUCCCAUCAAGUACAACUAUUUUUUCUUUAUUCUCACGUUUUCUGGCUUUUUAGGCUGUACUGCGAUGUAUUUUGGCGUACUUCACGAACAAAAAUCGUGACGACCUGCCUUAUCUCAAAGUUCCCUUGCACACUGUCAUAAAGUUGACACCGAAGGCCUACUCGUGUGAAGUGGAAAUGUUCAAGUUCGACAUCGAAGCCGUCAAUACUUACCGCGAAAAGCCUGGUUCCAAGGUAUUUCCGAAUUCAAAAAUAUUAUUUUUCAUUUUUUUAGUCAAUGUCGAAUUAUGAAAUACUGAAAAAGUUGAUUUUUAACCAUUCAGACACUGAUUAUUCUUACUCAGGCAAAGUCGGAAUGGUGAAUAAUGAUAAAAAAAGAGAGGCUCAAAAAAGGCCGCAGAAAGGCAGCAAAAAUAGCCCCUUUAUCGAGCCUUUUUUUGGCAUUUUCAAGGCUCAAGAAAUGUUGGAAAAAGGGGUCCAUAAAGGCUGAUAAAAUGGCGCCAAAAGGCAGCAAAAAGGAACCUUUGUCACCCUAAACGCAAUAUUUCUAUAGACCCCUUUCGACCUUUCCGACUUUGCCUAUGUAUGAUGAAGUUUAUCAUUGAAAAAUUAAGAAAUUUAAAAUUUUUGGAAAGUUUUUCUUCCUCGCCCCAGUCUAUGACUAACACAAAAAUAAUUUAUUGAUUGAUUUUGAUAUCUUUGAUUGACUUUUUUUGAGGACGCUGAUGGCGUCGCUCUUUGCCACUCUCCCUAAUAGGUUUGUUGCAACCGGUGUGCAGAAUAUAGUUGGGCGAUUGCUAUAGAAAAGUUUGGAUUUGAAAUACGGCAUCUUAGAAAAAUACCAAUAAUUUUUGAAAAAUCAUCGUUUUGCAGUAAAAUGCAUUUCGUUGGAAAACGUUUAACUCUCAAGUCAACACAUUUUAGAUUAUUUUGUCUAGGAGCAAUAAUUGCUUCAGAAAAUAUUUAUUAUGUACUGAAACCUUGGAUACUACUCUUUCUGUUUCUAGGAUUUAGGAUUAAAACAAAAUCUUGAACGUUAUCUGACUUUAGUUUUUUUUUCGUUAUAUUUCGCUGCAGAUCGAUAAUUUUUCUUAAAAGAAAUAUUUUUUCCAAACAAAUCUCUAUAAUUAUCACUUUUUUUUGUUUAUUGUGGUUUCCCAGUGUUUAAUUUUCCCUCAUUACAUACAUGCCUUCGCCUCAUGAAGAAACUUUGUUGCAUGAUAAUUUUAUUUUAGAGAAUAGCAAUGAUAUAUAUUUUUCUUUGUUUGAUUGCAUGUUUCGUUUAGAUUUUGGAAAUAUUCAGUUUUUUCGUUUUUCAGGAUGACGAGGCGCUGUCGGUCGUUGUGGAGUGGACACCCGAAGCCGAACAGAAAAAAUAA